AUGAAGGUACCGGUGAUAGAGCGGGCGUCGCAUGUGUGCUUGACCUGUAAAUCAAGGAAGAAGGGAUGCGACAAGAAACUUCCAACCUGCGGUUACUGCGCCAAACGGAACCUGCCAUGUCGAUACCAAGGAUCUCCCGUCGCUGAAGAACCCGUUGCGGAUGCGAUUACUCAGAUAGAAACAAAUGCGAUAUUGUUACAGAUGGUUUCCCUGUUUGGCCCACCGUCGGAAAACAUGUCAACGGCACCCAGAAGGACAUGGUACCAUGUAUGCCGCAUCAUUCAAUUGGCAGACCUCUCACUGCAGGAGAUCAGUCGCCGGUAUUUCAGCAACUUUCACAACUGGCUUCCCGUAGUAUCACACGAAGUGUUUCAAGAAAGCUUGGCUCGGUACAAUAGCCCGUCUCGCUCAGCACCGGUGGACUUUUCUGUUCUUGUGCUGGGUAUGUGCCUGGUGACGCUGCAGCCGUCGAAACUCAAUACACACAUAACACCACAUAGCGUAUAUGCCACUAUGAAGAUGCUAUUCGCGGAAGCCCAAGCCAUAAUGUGUGUCUCGACAUAUCUUAUCCAGGCUGGACUGCUUAUCGCUGCGUACGAGUAUGCCAACGGACGGCCUGAGGCAGCGCACAUUACGAUGGGGAGUUUAGCCAGAAGUGCCUUUGCGAUUGGGCUAGUAGAUUCCAGCUCCUGGCAGACCAAUGAAGCUAGUAUUGACUCAUCUGAAAGACUGGAGCGUCUGAAUUUGUGGUGGGGUGUAAUCAUUCUCGAGAGGCUUAUAUUAUGCGAAAUCAAAGACAAGACGCAACGACCUACGACAGAUUGUACGUCUUUUGAGCUCCCUCUACCAAGUGACCUCCAGCCUGUCCAGACCAAUUUUCGUGCAAGCGGAAGCUGCCCACAUGAGUGUCUGCCUUCGAACCAGGAGAGGAAACGCUCCGUUUUUGGCCAUCAGGCACGAGCUGUGCUCCUUCUCGACCGGGUGUUGGCUGUACGAAGGCACCCCCAAACCGAUAGUGGUCGGUUGGUAGAGAUUCAUCAACUCGACGAGCAGCUGCAAGGCUUUCUUUCAGAACGAAUGAAUACAGGUACCGCAGAAAUCGGCCAUGAUUGCAAUCCUAUAGCAUCUGCAGUGAGAGCUCUCUGCUUAUUACAUCAGGAAGUCCUAAGCUACCCUCCCAACACCGUCGACUUGCAAGGGCUGCAACACUCACAGGCGGCCCUAGAGAUGGUUUCUAAUGUAGUGGUGGAUGUCGCGCGCCACCACAAGGCGCAAAUUGCCUGCCAAAAUUCCCACGCCGAUUUACUGCCCCUGAGUUGCUCGUACACCCUGCACAUGGCAAUGAGACAUAUUCAGGAUUGCACGAAGCUAGUCUGCUCACACAGGCGCUCUAGCGACCUGAAUUGUCUAGCGCAGCUGGAUCAAGAAUUUUCCGACAGAUGGAAAGCCUGA